AUGCCCAUAGCCCUUACCAUGAUCGCUGUGCCCAUAGCCCUUACCAUGGUCGCUGUGCCCAUAGCCCUUCCCAUGGUCGCUGUGCCCAUAGCCCUUACCAUGGUCGCUGUGCCCAUAGCCCUUCCCAUGGUCGCUGUGCCCAUAGCCCUUCCCAUGAUCGCUGUGCCCAUAGCCCUUCCCAUGGUCGCUAUGCCCAUAGCCCUUACCAUGAUCGCUGUGCCCAUAGCCCUUCCCAUGGUCGCUGUGCCCAUAGCCCUUACCAUGGUCGCUGUGCCCAUAGCCUUUACCAUGGUCGUUGUGCCCAUAGCCCUUCCCAUGGUCGCUGUGCCCAUAGCCCUUCCCAUGGUCGCUGUGCCCAUAGCCCUUACCGUAACCACUAUAACCAUACCCACCCUCCUGGUGGCUACCCUUAUGGCUCCCAUGGUCUCUCAGCUUAAAGCGGUCGUCGCGCUCGCCGUCCCUGCCAUGGUAGCUGUAGGAGUCGAAGUCGUCGUAAAAUUCCCUGUUCUCGUCGAAGAGUACAAGUACAGGGCUUUAGAAGCGUGA